UGCCAGGAUUACAGGCUGGAGCCUUAUAACUUUAGAUGAUGAGUAUUCACUCAACAUUUUUUCUUCUCCUCCAUUUAUUUUGGAAGAUUGGAGCUGCUGCCCAACCUACUGGCGUUUAUUUCAGUCUAGCUGCUACUUUAUUUCCACAACGAAGCAAUCUUGGACAGAGAGUAGGACGAACUGCUCUGUGAUGGGUGCCAACCUGGUGGUGAUCAACACUGAGGAUGAGCAGAAUUUCAUCGUCCAGAAUCUGAAUACAGAUUCUGCCUAUUACAUGGGGCUGUCGGAUCCAGCGGGUUGGAGACAUUGGCAGUGGGUUGAUCAGACAUCGUACAAUGAAAGCCUCACAUUCUGGCACGUGGAUGAACCCAAUAACCCUGAAGAGCGCUGUGUUGUAGUAAACCUUCGUCAGUCUUCAAAAAUUUGGGGCUGGAAUGAUGUUCAUUGUGACAAACCUCUGAAGUCAAUUUGUGAGAUGUUGAAGAUCUACUUAUAG